CUAACGUGGACAGCGUUAGGGCUUAAUAUGUGUGGGACUCAUAUUUUUAAACUCCGCCAGUGGUAACAGCUAUGUCGUGAUAUGAAUAUUUAGAGUGGCAAUGUAGCUGAAACACUUAAUAAUUAGUCUAGAAAAUAGCAUGAAUGUGUCUCAAGAGCAAUAAAUAAAUGUGCACGUCCCGGUGAUGGUACAGGCGCUGGCAGCAGGUAAAGUCUGUGUGGCUGCUGUAACUCGCUGCAAGCUGGAGGGCUUGCGUUAAGGAGUAGAAAUGAUAUGAUCCACUCUCAGGGUGUGCGAUAUAAUAGACAUGUAACUAUAUUUCUCUAUCCUACAAUGACUGCCAGACACAGUGGCGUAAAACGUGGGCAAAUCAUUUAAAAUGUACGCACGGUACGUGCAGGAUUACGUCUGUGGGUGUAGUCAGGUUAAGUUCCAUUAGACACGAACGAUUAGAUAUAUGGACAAGGCACGGUCCAGAUUAUGGUCUGGGAAAAUAUAUCUAUGGGGAAACAGGCAUCCCUUAGCACAGAAUACUCCUGAAGCUAACCGUUUGCCGUGCCUGACAGGUUGUACUGAGGGCUUCAAAUCUACUGUACAGAAACGGAGGGUCUUGUGUCAUCAGUCAGUGGGCGUGGCUUGAUUCCCAAGGCGGACUCCUCCCUGUCUGGCACUGGACCUGCAGUGCCCUGUAAAAAAGACCUGGCAUUUCCCUUCUUGUUUAACCAGCUCACGUACUUUAUUUACCUCGAACAUUUAGCUCUCCCUACCCAGACUCUACAAUGCUUUUACCGAGGUUCCUGCUGCUGCGCUCGGUGCCAUCGCUGACGACCAGACUGCUCUGCACAGGGCCAGUGUUGAAGCAGGGCAGGGUGCCAGACAUGGCUGAGGGAAAACCACCUUUACACGUUUCCAACGUGCGGAACAGGCUGAGAGAAAUCGUGGGAGUUUCCACUAACUGGAGUGACCACCAGCAGGCCUUGGCGGAGCGUGUUGCACUGUCCUCCAUGCUGGCAAAGUCUCAAAGCGAUCUUCCAGGCAAGAGGAUGAAGGACAGCUAUGUGGAGGUCUACCUGCCACUUGGCUCUGAGCCACAGCUCAGAGAAAAAUACCUGACCUUCCACAAUACUGUCAGGUUUGGUAGGAUCCUGGAGGACUUGGAUAGUUUAGCAGUCCUCAUCUCGUACUCCCACACCUAUAACCCGGCUCUGAAGAGGUCUCCACUGUCUAUUGUCACUGCCCUUGUGGACCGGAUUGACAUGAGGCAGCACAUCAUCUAUCCUGACUGUGACAUCAAGUUCACUGGUCAUGUGACAUGGGUGGGAAAGACCUCUAUUGAAGCCAAGAUGCACAUGUCACAGUACCAGGAUGGAGCUUAUACCCCAAUUCUGGAUGCUACAUUUGUCAUGGUGGCCCGGGACCCAGAGAACAAGAGGGCAGCGUUUGUAAAUCCACUGAAGCCAGACGGAGUGGAGGAAGAGAAUCUCUUCCAGGAAGGAGAAGCUAACAAAUCCCGCCGUGUGGAGCUGAGCACCGUGUCACUGCUGAAGGUUGCUCCGACAGAUGAAGAGAGGAAGAUUGUGCACAGUCUGUUCCUCAACACCCUGGACACAAAGACAGUCAGUUUCCGCAGCAGAGUUUUGCCUUCAAGCUCAGUGUGGAUGGAAGAUGCCAAACUGAAAGGACUGGAGAUCUGCCACCCACAGGAGAGGAACAUCUUCAACAGGAUAUUCGGUGGUUUUCUGAUGAGGAAAGCCUAUGAGCUGGGCUGGGCCAAUGCCUGCUCCUAUGGAGGAUGCCGACCGAACCUGGUGGCUGUCGAUGAUAUCCUCUUCCAGAAACCCGUGGAAAUCGGCUCUUUGCUGCUGCUCUCAUCUCAGGUGUGUUACACAACGGGGAAGCACAUCCAGGUGAGAGUUCACAGCGAGGUGUUCGACCCACUGACCCAGCAGCACAACACCACCAACAUCUUCCACUACACCUUUGUUUCCGACCGCGAUGUACCGAACAUCAUCCCAAAGACAUACGGAGAAUCGAUGUUGUACCUGGACGGAAAGAGACACUUUGACCAAAUGGUGGAACACUGAAAGAUCAAAUCUACUGUGCAGCCUGCAAAGUCUUUCAGCAUCGAACCAACAAGGUCUGAGUGUGUGUGUGUAUGUAUGUGUGUGUGUGUCUGUGUACUUGUAUGGCUAUACAAUAUGAGGAGUUUGAGUUUUACCAUGAGAGUGAGGACAUUUUAGCUGUUUCUCACUGUCUUGGUUUUAGGGUUAGGGUUAGAGGUAGAUCAGGGUUGGGGUUAGGUAUUGUUAGCACACUGCUACAUACAGUGGGGCUACCAGUCACAACAGUCUAGGUGUCUCUCAUGCAUCUUUGUGAGCUUUGUGUGCUCAGCUCACUAACAAUCUGAUCCCCAGGAUCAGCGCUGGGCUGUGAAGCUAAUUUGAUGUAGCUGCCAAACAGCAUCAUUCUGUGUUCAUCAACUGGCUUCACACCAGCAUUUUUCCCAUAGAGAAUCACUGAAAAAGGAGCAGGUGUAAAACAGUGGAUAUGUUUUUCCAAGCAUCACAAACCUGUGAAAUGACUUAUUACAGAAUUUGAUCAAUAUUAUUUGGAAAGUCUAGCAGAGUCAUAGGAUACGUUUAUUUUAUCCCAUUCAUAUGUGCAUAGAGCUGAUUGGAAAUCAGCUGGCCCCGGGACUCUUGACUCAGCACAGGGCCCAAAGCAUGGACGCAUGUGGAGCAUUGGGUAAAUUUUUAUGGCUGGAAUCUGGAAGCGUGAAGAAUUAAAGAGGCACAGCCCAGUAGUUUGCUCUCCAGUUCGUUUUAACCCAUCCAUAUAACAAAUAUUGUUUUGGAGAAUGCCCUAAACAACAAUAACACACUGGAACACACUUGCGUUCAUCCACGAUGUUGAGAAAACUCCGCCUCAUGUCACUGCUGUACUUCCCAAUCUCAUGUGUACUGUCUUUCUUUCUGUUGAGGUUGGGGGUGUGUCUGAAUGAAGCCUUGAGGAUCAGUGUAAAAGUUUAACAGACUGAUGAAGCAGCAGUGUUGCGUCUUCCAUGUCUGACAUUAGUUGUGAUGGCUGAGGUUAGUGCAAGGGGCCAGGGAAUGCAUGGUCAGUGAGUGUCCUCACAUAAAUAGCUGUGCAAACUUGUGUGUGUCAGAGGUCUGUUGAGAUGUACAUCCUUUCAUAUCACGCCAUGCUAAUUUUUUACACCACACCUGCUGAUGUACUUUUAUAUGCUGUGGUCAUUUACUAUUAUUUAUUUUAUUUGCUCAUUGUUUCACAGUUGUUUCCAGAAAUACUAUUGGUUUGUCCUACAAGCCAGUAAGUGUUUACAGCAGCUCUACAGUCAUAUUUGACUGGAGAAAAUGAAGCAAAGUUUUCCUGCUCUUGUUGUAACCUCCAGUAUUGCUUGUUCAUUGUAUGCAUGGGUUUAUUCUGCCUGUUACAUUUUUAUAUUCUACCGUUGCUUGCAUUUACAUUUUUUAAAAUUGUGAAUAGGAAAAUUUAUCCUGAGUGUCUUAGGCUGCUGCAGGAGGGAGGACAUGGUCUGUUCUGGCCUGAAGAUGUGUAUUCACUCAAAUGCAAUAAAUUCUUAUUUAGCUUGACUUAA